UUAGCAGUAGGUUACCACAACAUAACAACUUCAACAACAACAGGGAGCCAUCUACAUCUGCCAUUUUGUGAACGAACGGAUUUUUAUGGUGUAUAAUAGUAUUUUCAAAAUUACGUUUUCUAAUAAUUGUAGAAACAAAUGUUUAAAUGGACGCAUCGUCCAUUAUAACUCAAGUGUCACGCGAUGACGAACAAUUAGGAAAUUAUUCACCUGAAAAAGUUCAUCUACCCAGAGUUGAUAAUGACAUUUGCUCACCAGGAGGCGGCGUCCAAGUGGGCAGCAAAAAGCCAGCGCGUCGUGGCGUGCUGCGGUCCCUGCUCUGCUGCUUCAGUCGAUCGACCAGUGCCAAGUCGUCGAAAGGCGGCGCCUCGGGCGGGGGCGGCAGUGAAGGCCAGUGCUCGCCGCCCCACAGCCCCGGCUCACCCCGCUAUCUGCUGCCCCCCGUGCGCCACCAGGACAUGCACAAGAAGUGCAUGGUCAUUGACCUCGACGAGACCCUAGUGCAUAGCUCGUUCAAGCCUAUCACAAAUGCGGAUUUUGUUGUGCCAGUGGAAAUAGAUGGUAUUGUGCAUCAAGUAUACGUGUUGAAGAGGCCAUUCGUGGACGUUUUCCUACAACGGAUGGGAGAGCUCUAUGAGUGCAUUCUAUUUACGGCCAGCCUUGCCAAGUACGCUGACCCAGUAGCAGACCUGCUGGACAGGUGGGGCGUUUUUAGAUCGAGACUUUUUAGAGAAUCGUGCGUCUUUCACCGUGGCAACUAUGUCAAGGACCUGAACAAACUGGGCAGGGAUCUACAGAAAGUUAUCAUCGUCGAUAACUCCCCAGCAUCCUACAUCUUCCAUCCAGACAAUGCAGUGCCUGUUACUUCGUGGUUUGACGACAUGACUGACUCGGAAAUGCUCGAUCUGAUUCCGUUCUUCGAGCGUCUGAGCAAAGUGGAUAAUGUGUAUAGUGUGCUGUGCAACUCGAACCACCCCUACAACACGCCUCAGGGCCCCCCGCAGCAGGGGGGUGGAGGAGGCCAAGGCCAGGGGGGCGGCGCCCCCUCAUAGCCCCAACUAAUCCCCCUCCCCCAUCCACCACCCCCAUCCCCCCCGUCAAGUGCCAAUAUUGCCUUCUACUACUACGACUCUACUGUUUCUAUCGUAAUUAUAUACGUAUAUAUUUAAAAUAUAUAUUGAUAUUUUCCCAAUCGGUGGGUGUGUGUUGUGUGAAUGAGUGUAGCGAACGAACGAGUGUUGUGUGCGUGUGUGUGUAUGUGUUGGUGACCAAUCACUUUUUUCGUAGACUGGCCACUCAAGUUGUCUCUGAUUUUGGACAUGUCAGCCUACAUUCGAAUGAAUGAAACUUGUGUAUUUGGACAGUUUCAGAAACUGCGCUUUUCUCAGCUGUUCCAAUGCGCAAGUUUCAUUAAUUUGAGUAUUAUGCUGUGUUGCAUCAACCCCUGGGUUACAUUCAGUCUUAUUGGAUCAAACCUACUUGACUUACUGCUAAUUGCGAUCAAAAUUGACUCGGUUGAUGCAACCCAGUAUGAAAGUCUUUCAUUAUACGCUCAAGCUACGGUUUCAAAAACUAACCGACAUUUACAAAAACAUUUUUUCCGCUUUGUAAUUGCCAAUUUCAAUGUUAGUUGUUGGGUGGAAAUCGGACAUAAUUAUACUAAACUUUGCAAAUUUCUUUCUAUCAAUGUCCAUUCUCCAUCCAUGAAUUGAUAAACUUGUAGUGGAAAAGGAAGAAAAGUUCAAUUGAAUUAUAUUAGCUUUCAAUCUUAAUUUAUUAUUGGCUAUAAUAUCAAAUGGAAUUGCAAUGGAAAAAUUACAUUUUUUAUUUUUCUUAUAUUUUUUAUCUCGUAAUUGACUAUUGUUUCGACUGUUGAGAACAAAGAAAAUUGUAAUAUUUCUGGCAUUUUUCAUCUUGAUUUUUCAACAGAAAUGUCAUUUCCGUUUGCCGAUUUAUUAGAUGUAAUAAAAAAAUAUCAUUCACUGGGUAUAGUCUUCAGACUAGUAGAUGUCGCUAAAAAAGAAAAAUUGAUAUGAUCGUAAAAACUUUGAAUUUUACUUUUUCACCUUUAUGGUAAAAAUUUGAGGUGAACAAAUUGUUUUGAGUUUCACUCUAGCGUGUUCUUUGGAACCGUAGUUUGAGCUACGUUAUUGACCUCUGAGUUUCAUUUUGGUAUUUCGUAGUUUAGUAUUUUGUUGUUGAUGUCUGGCAGCAUCACCUAACCAAUCAGCCAACUAUUAAAAAGGCCAUUGAUAAUUAAUCAAUAAGCAUUGAUGUUGAAGUAUUUAUAUAAGUGACAUAUAGUCCGUGCAAACCUUAGUUGCAGCAUGGAGGUUCAUGGCCAAUGUUAUCUCAAUAUAUCAAUAGGAGCACACUGAUGCCGUUUUUAUGCUGAUUAUGUCAGAUCUGCGAAUAAGUCAGAUCUGCACCCUCUUCUUCGCUCUUCUCAUGCACAAUUAUUCCACAGGCUCUCUGGAUUCCGUGAAAUGUGGCAGCGCUGUACGCUAAGAGCAAUGCUUCAAACUGAGGUUUGCACAGACUAUAGACGAUUUGAUUUCUAAAAAUUGGUUUGAGUCUCUCAUGAGACUCAUUUUAUUUAAUCUGAUCAUAUUCACGGAUUAAAAAGUUUGAAUGAUGCGUAGAUUCCAUUGGGGAGUAAAGAAUCUUAAGAUCACGUUCAAAGCUAAUAUACAACAUCAGUGUAUAUUGUAGAUCUCCAUUAUUCACAUUGGUACACUGAGUCAACAUUAAUGCUUCUCAUUGAAUGAAGUAAAAUUGAGAACUUAUAUUUACACCCCAAGUUUACAUUGAAAUGUUAAUACAUAUUAUUUAAUUUACAUUGAUUGUUGUAAACUAUGAAAGGUGUUUAUAGUUUAGGUGGUGCUUCGUAUGGCAACUGGUGUAACCAACACGACACAUAGUUAUGAUUAUUGAUAAUUAAUUAUUUCGGCAUAUCCUUGAAAAAAUACGAUUGUAGCCUAACUAGAACUUGUAUAAAUUAUUGACUGAGCUGUUACAGUUCUGCGUAUCAGUUAUAUUAUUCAAAAAAUGGUAUUUUAUUUAGAAAACGCUUCUUAGUUUGUUGCUUAUGACUUUUAAGUUUCACUUUCCGCUUUUUAAAAUCUCAUACUUGUGGCUCAUUUCGACUCGUUGGCUUUCUUUCGUUUAUCCAUCUUCCAGUGUCAGUAUUUUUGUUGUGUGUUUGUUUUAGUGCCAUAUUUCAAGAUAAUAUGUAAAUUGGUGGCCUUAUUGAAAAACUGAACUGUUUUUUGUAGAUUAGUGACGAAUGGAAGAAGUUGUAUUAGAAAUAUGUGUUGUUUUAGAAUCGUCAUAAUCAUGAUUGACCAUGUAAUUGUGGUGUAAAGUAUGAUAGAUAAUAUUAUUAUAGUCCACAACAUUUUAUGUAUGUUUGAAAGGGUGGGCGAUCAAGUGAAACUUUAUCAUGAAGCAUAAAAUAAAACUCUCUAGUGCUGUUUUUAUACUUUUAACUCUUGCAAUUUCUUACAUCACAUUCUUUGCUUUCAUUUUGAUUCUGUUAUGAAUGAACGAACUUGAUAAGGUUUACUAGGAAAAUCAUGUCAAAAAGGUGCUUUGACAUUCUAGCACACAAUAACGCACUUUUGGGCGCAAUUUUUAAUGUUUAGAAUGAUGUAGGGUGUUCUCUCAAAAAUGAACAAUAUUAUUUUAUUCUAUCGAAGGUUUCAAAAUUCUUUCAUCAGAAAUAUCCAACUUGAAUGUUCAAAUUACCAUUAUUAUAGAAUAUUAAAAUCGGUUUGGUUUCAAAUUGCGUGUUUGUCAUGUUCAAUCACGUUUCUCCCCACGAUUAGUUUGAAAGACCAGGUAAUUUUUCGACAGUCUGAAAAAUCCCAAAAAUAUUGAAAAAUCGUUUUUAUUCUCAUUACAAGUUAUAAUUUACAUAUAAUUGCAAUUUAAAAUUAUCAUUUUCCAGUGUCUCUUGAAUAAUCAACUUUCAAGCACAAAUUAGAAUAUUGAUUAGAGCUAUUACAAAAUAGGUCCAAAGUUACCAUUGUAAACGUCUUUAUGAUGCUUGUUCUGUUACUGAUUUACUCUAUACUUGUGGGUUUUCUAAGUCUAAUGAAUGAGGUUUCUCAAUAAAUUAUCAACCAAUUGCAGCUGAAAAAUGUAAUCCACAUUUGCUUAAUUUCAAACUACAAAACCUUUCUUGAUUUUAAACAUGAAAAAUUUCAUAAUUUUAUAAUAUUUUUUUGGCUUUCUCUAAAUUAGACAAGAUUGUGCGCUCAAUUUCAUGCACAAUUAUUAGUUUAUACCGCUUUAAAUGCUUAUAAUUGGCUGGUUAGUUCUAGCUGCUGGGAGAAGACGUGUUUUGGGCAAUAUCUAUUGUUUUCUCCCUAUCAUAAUUGUAUGAAUAAAUGAAUAAAAUAUUGAAUUGGGGAGAAAAACCUCUUGUUGAUCAAGUUCAAAUAACUGUGUACUUGAGUAAUUGGUUAUAGUGUGUACGUUGUUUAAAUGCUAGCUGUUCUAUAAAUGUUCAAACUUGCAAACCUUAAUCAAAAUUUUUAAAAAACAUGUAGGCCUACUGUAUUUGCUGUUCUGAUGCAUUUCACUCCUAUAUUAACUUGAAAAUCCAAUCCACUUGAGUCUUCAACCUCAUUUACCCCUUAUCAAAUAAUAAUACAUUUUAUUUUUGUUAUCUUGCAAACUUUACAGUUCAGGAAUAGAUCGAUUAAAUUACUUCCGAUUUUUACUACCAAGUUGCAAAAUUCAUCUAAAGGCGGCUUCACACGCAACGGCUAAUCCGAAGGCAUUCCUCAAGGUGCCUGGCCUUGAGGAUUAGCUCAGCAUGUGGAUGAAGAAACCUGUGGCGAUCCACACAUUGACAUUUCUGAGAGGCAGAGAGCCUUGUCUUGAGGCAUGACUUCAGAUUUACUGUUAGGUGUUGAGCAGCCUUUCAAAGAUGUUAGAAAUUUUCCGAAUUUUGGUAACAGAAAAUCAGUUUCCUAUGAUUUUGCAAACUUUAUAUAUUAUAUAUAAUACGCCACUUAUGAGUUCAGUACUAAUAAAGUACUAGGAAUAUGAGGAAUCCCGGCUUUCCUCAGCUUCUAUGGGAUUGAAAUGUUCCUUCCUUGGACACUGCUCUGAUUUUUACUGUUUCUUAUCAUUCCGACUCGUACUCUACAAUCAUUCAACAAAUUUUUGCAAAAUACAACUAUUAAAUAAACCUCUGUGCCGUUUAAUGCUAUCUAACUCCGAAAUAUUGUACUGUUGUUGUAAAUUCCUUGUAUUUAUCCUUCAUCUAAGAAAUUGAUAUUGUGGUUGAUGUGACUCGAUAGACCGACAUUUGAAUUAAAAAUAGAAACGUAACAUGCUUCAAAAGAAUUGUACAUGUAUAUAAAUAUAUUUUUCUAAUGACUUGAAUAAUCGUUGUAUAAUAGACAUUGUUUCAUGAUUAUUUUCUUCAUAUUAUAUAUUGUGUAACGAAAAAGUGUAUAAAUGAAAGUUUUAUACUGUAAUAUAAUAUUAUAUAUAUAUAUAAAUUUAUAACAAGUAUAUUUUUCAUAACUAACUAGAUAUUUUAUUGUAAUUUAGUUACUUAGUUCAUUUAUAUCCAUAUCCUUAGGUUAUUAUCGUUAUUUUAAUCGAUGGAGCUCUACUUAUUAUAUUGUUUAUAGUAAUGAGGCUUAAAUACUGUACAGAUACAUUCUAAUAGUUGUUUGAAAUGUGUUCAGGAGAAAACGCAUUGAAAUGAAUAAAUAUUCAUUAACUCAUAAAUGAAUAUUAACUCAUUGAGCAUCAAGUAAUGAGUAAUUUUAUGAUGAAUGUCUUCCAGUCAUUAAUGCAUCGUAGUGCUGCUCCAUCAUUAUCUUGUAUCGGUUCGAAUAAAAUUAUUAUUGUGAUUUAUUUAAAUGCAUAUUUUUAAACCGGUUUAAAAAACAUACAUUAUUGAAAAAUCUUUUCAAAGUUUGAAUAAUUAAUUUUCCAUGAAGGACAGGUUCCAAGUACAUUGUUCAUAACAAUCUUGUUUUGGAGAAAUAUAGUCCUAAAUCCUGUAAAAAUGUGCAGCUGUACUGUUGGCUAUAGUGACGUCCACUUUAUAGUGGCAGCAUUUGAUUAACAUUGGUUUUGACAUUUUUGCCCAUCAUUAGACAAGCAGAUAGCGCUAUCCUAUUAUAGAUCCAGUUCGUUUUUAACAAUAUAGAAAUAUAAUUUAUUAACAGAAUAUUUAAUCUCAAUUAUGGAUAUUUAUUAUGAAAUCAUAGAAAACUAUAUUUUCUUGAUGAAUAAAAUAUAAUUGUUUAUUUAUAACAAAAAUUAACUGUUGAUAUCACAUCAUAUAUAAAAGUAUUAGCUUUCUUCUAUAGAGGCAGUGGCAGGGCAGAGAAUCGGCAAUGCUGUUCCCUAUAUUUACCACUGUCAUUAUAACGUGGACCUCACUAUAGAUUAUUAUUUUUUCAUAGAAAGAUUUAAUUUAUUUAUUGAGUUAUAAAACUUGACAUUUGAAUGAAAAGGAGCGACAGCUUUUUAGUCGAAAACUGCUUCCUUAGCAAAAUUUCGAGCAGAGUUAAAUUCUUUAUUUUAUGUCUACUUCAAAAUUCUUCAAUUGAUUUCUAGUCUUCUAGACAUUUUCAGAAUCUUUUGUACUAGUUAUUCUUCAAGUUCCUAUUGCUUGCGAUGUUGACAAUGAACUUUAAAUAUUUUUGCGAUUUUAUUACUUUUGAACAUUUUUGAUGAAGGUAUAAUUUCUUUAUAAUUGUAUAUAUUUUGAUAGAAAAAUUACUUAAAUUUUAUAUGAAAGUAAGGGGACCCAGAUCACAGAGAAGGAAAUUUCAAUGUUAUCAAUAAUGUAUUGAUAAUGUGACUUAGGCCUACUUUCAUAUUAAGUAAAGUGUUUUACAUAGGAGUGAAAAACUUACAUGAAAUUAAAUAUUUUGAAGAUUUACUGGUUAUUCGCUGUGUUCGAUAUAAAUUCGAUAAUCGUCAGACUUCUAUACUUCGCCAAUUUGAAUAAAUAUUUUAAACUGCAAAUCAAAAUUAUCUGAUUUUAUAGUAUUUUUUUUUUAAAUUGACGGUUUCUGAUUUUAAUCAAAUCCAAGGCAUCUUAUGUUCUAUCCAAUUCGAUGUGCGCUGAAAUCAAAAAUACUUUGUAAUAUCAAGUGAAAUAUGAAUCAGCAUUUUUUAACCUAGGAAAUAAUUUUAUGUCAUAUAUUUCAAGGUAUACAUAGCAUUUAUUGAAUCAACAUCACUACCUAACUUCAUCAUUUCCAUUAUUGAGCUACUAUUAAAAAAAAUCAAAUUGAUUGAACAAAGUUUCACUAAUUUUUCUUGUUUUAUUGAAUAAUAAAUUUGUCAUAAUCAGUUCAGAUGUCUUGUUGACUUGAUAGCUAUUCAAUUGUGACAAUAGAGGGCUUGACUUGCAACAAUCUGUUGAGGUUUUAUGUUGAGCCGGCUCCACACUCAGAUUUGUUCAUCCUCGAUCGAUGAUAGGAUUCUCAUGGAGGCCUCAUUCAGGCAGGCUUCAGAUCUUCCGUUACGGGUGGGCCAUCUAUAAAAUAAUCAAGGUGGGGUCUCCGAACUUUGAUUUGAAGUCAACUUGAUUGAAGCUUUUGCAACAUCGGUCUUUCAACAGACUAUCUUUCUCUACUAUAAAUUUAAAUCUUCUGUUGAACUAUAUUGUACUAUUUUAAAAUUAUCAUACUAAACAGACCGAUAACUGUGUUACUUGAUUGAUUUAAGUUUUUCCUUAUAAUUUGUGGAUACUUAACACAGUGUACUUCCUUUUUAUGUAAGAUAUUUAACACAACCUUUGUUGUAUGUUUUCACUGGUUGCUCAUUAAUAAAAAUACUCAUUUGAAUAUUUUA